AUGAGUGAUAAGAAAAUAAUAAAGGUUAUAGAUGAGUCUUCAUGAAGCUCCAGUGCAAUGGAAAUACGUUGGCGGCAGCGCAGGAGGCGGCGGGGGCGCAGGCUCGCGCGGCGCCAGCUGAUACCAUGGGCGGCGCGCACCAGCCCGCUACUCCGGGGCCCAGCUCGCUCUUUAUAUUCUCCGACGAAAAUCCUAUUCGGAGGUAUACAAAGUUCAUUAUCGAGUGGCCGCCCUUCGAGUACGCGGUGCUGCUUACCAUCAUCGCCAACUGCGUGGUGCUGGCGCUGGAGGAGCAUCUGCCCAACGGCGACAAGACGAUCUUAGCUAAGAAUCUGGAAAAGACGGAGACGUACUUUUUAGGAAUAUUUUGUGUAGAAGCCUCAUUAAAAAUUUUAGCCUUAGGUUUUGUUUUACACAAGGGAUCGUAUCUUAGGAACAUUUGGAACAUAAUGGAUUUUUUCGUUGUACUCACCGGGUCGAUGACGAUUUUCGCCGAAUACAACGUGGACGUUGACCUGCGGAUGCUGCGCUCUUUCAGAGUGCUCCGACCGCUCAAGCUCGUCUCAAGAAUACCAAGUCUCCAAGUGGUGCUGAAGUCUAUCAUCAAGGCUAUGGCACCACUGCUGCAGAUCGGGUUGCUGGUGCUGUUCGCGAUUGUCAUAUUCGCCAUCAUUGGCCUGGAGUUUUAUUCUGGGGCGCUACAUAAGACUUGUUAUAGCUUAGAAGAUAUUAAUGAAAUAGUGAAUGACGGUGAAUCGCCGACGCCGUGUAACGCAGACAACGAGACGCUGGCUCCGUACGGCGCGUACGUGUGCGCGUACGACAAGAACACGUGCCUCGAGAAGUGGGAGGGGCCCAACAAGGGCAUCACGUCCUUCGACAACAUCGGCUUCGCCAUGCUCACCGUCUUCCAGUGCAUCACCAUGGAGGGAUGGACGGCCAUUUUGUAUUGGACAAACGAUGCGUUAGGUAGUACAUUCAACUGGAUUUACUUUGUACCUCUCAUAGUAUUGGGUUCAUUCUUUAUGCUCAACUUAGUUCUCGGUGUCCUUAGCGGUGAAUUUGCUAAAGAAAGAGAAAAAGUAGAAAAUAGGCAAGAAUUUCUUAAAUUAAGAAGACAACAAAUGCUAGAAAGAGAACUGAAUGGUUACGUUGAGUGGAUUUGUAAAGCUGAGGAAGUAAUAUUAGCAGAAGAAAGAACGACAGAAGAAGAGAGAAUGCAUAUAAUAGAAGCACGACGGAGAGCAGCGGCAAAAAAGAAAUUAAAAAACCUAGGAAAAAGUAAAAGUACUGAUACAGAAGAAGAGGAACAGGACGAAGAUUGUGGAGAUGACGUUCCAAAGAAAAAGCAAGGUUUUCUGAAGAGCAAAACGAGAACGGCAGGAAAAUGUGCUGAUUUCUGGAGAGCAGAGAAGAGGUUUCGUUUUUGGAUACGACACACAGUUAAAACGCAGUGGUUUUACUGGUUCGUCAUAGUUUUGGUGCUCUUCAAUACAAUAUGCGUAGCUGUGGAGCAUUAUAAGCAACCUAAGUACCUUACUUCAUUUUUAUACUACGCCGAAUUUGUGUUCUUGGGUCUAUUUAUGAUGGAGAUGUGGAUAAAAAUGUAUGCUUUAGGACCUAGGAUAUAUUUUGAAUCCUCAUUCAAUCGCUUCGAUUGCGUUGUAAUAUCGGGUUCUAUCUUCGAAGUAAUCUGGUCAGAAGUGAAGGGUGGUUCUUUUGGACUCUCUGUAUUAAGAGCUUUAAGAUUGUUAAGGAUAUUCAAGGUUACAAAAUAUUGGUCCUCUCUGCGGAAUCUUGUAAUAUCUCUGCUCAAUUCAAUGAGAUCUAUUAUAUCUCUGUUGUUCCUUCUGUUCUUGUUCAUUCUAAUAUUUGCUCUACUGGGUAUGCAAUUAUUUGGCGGACAAUUUAAUUUCGAGGAUGGAACGCCACCGACGAACUUCAACACAUUUCCGAUUGCGCUGCUUACUGUCUUCCAGAUUUUAACAGGCGAAGAUUGGAAUGAAGUCAUGUAUGAUGGUAUUCAAUCUCAAGGUGGCAUACAGAGAGGCAUGAUUUAUUCACUGUAUUUUGUUAUUCUUGUUCUGUUUGGAAACUACACUCUGCUGAACGUGUUUCUUGCCAUCGCCGUCGACAACUUGGCGAAUGCGCAGGAAUUAACGGCAGCAGAAGAAGAGCAAGUAGAAGAAGAUAAGGAGAAACAGCUGCAAGAAUUGGAGAAAGAAAUGGGUGCAUUGCACGCUGUGGAUGGGACACCAUCUCGAAACAGUCAAGGGUCUUCAAGUAGGAAGAAGGAAGAGGCCAAAAAGGAAGAAGAAGAGAUACCAGAUGGACCAAAACCAAUGCUGCCAUAUUCGUCCAUGUUUAUUUUAUCACCUACGAAUCCCAUAAGACGUGGCGCACACUGGGUUGUAAAUUUAAGAUAUUUUGAUUUUUUUAUUAUGGUAGUUAUAUGUAUGAGUUCUGUGGCUCUUGCGGCGGAAGACCCCGUAGUUGAAGAAAGUUACAGGAAUAAAAUUUUGAAUUACUUCGACUACGCUUUCACGGGGGUGUUCACUGUGGAAAUGUUGUUGAAGAUCGUGGAUCUCGGCAUCCUGUUCCACCCGGGCGCGUACCUGCGCGACCUAUGGAACAUCAUGGACGCCGCCGUCGUCAUCUGCGCCAUCGUCAGCUUCGGCUUCGAAAUAGGAGGCGUGAAAAAGGGCGCGGGGCAGAAUUUGUCUACAAUAAAAUCGUUAAGAGUGUUGAGAGUGCUUAGACCUUUAAAAACAAUUAAGCGUGUUCCAAAACUAAAAGCAGUGUUUGACUGUGUUGUGAACUCUUUGAAAAACGUCAUUAACAUUCUCAUUGUGUAUAUAUUGUUUCAAUUCAUAUUCGCUGUAAUUGCUGUUCAACUUUUUAAUGGUAAAUUUUUUUACUGCAACGAUAUCAGUAAGAAUACUUAUGAAGACUGCCAAGGGUCGUACUUCGUGUACGAGAAAAACAGUAUACUGCCUACGAUAAGCAAGCGUCUGUGGACGACGCAGUCCUUUCACUACGACAAUGUGGCGUCGGCUAUGCUCACGCUAUUCGCGGUACAAACUGGAGAGGGCUGGCCGCAAGUUCUACAAAAUUCAAUGGCCGCAACAUACGAGGAUCGGGGACCCAUACAAAAUUUUCGGAUAGAAAUGUCCUUAUUUUAUAUAGUUUACUUUAUAGUGUUUCCGUUCUUCUUUGUCAACAUAUUCGUAGCCUUGAUUAUUAUUACGUUUCAAGAGCAGGGUGAAGCAGAAUUGCAGGAUGGUGAAAUAGAUAAAAAUCAGAAAUCAUGUAUAGACUUUACAAUAGACGCCAGACCAUUAGAAAGGUAUAUGCCAAGUAAAAGAGGAAGUCUAAAGUACAAAGUGUGGAGGAUAGUAGUAUCUUCGCCUUUUGAGUACUCCAUCAUGACACUUAUUGUGUUGAACACAUUAUUGCUUAUGAUGAAGUACUAUAAUCAAAGUGACCUCUACUCGGAUAUCCUCAAGUAUUCCAAUAUGGGGUUUACCGGCAUGUUUUCUGUGGAAACGGUGUUGAAAAUCAUCGCUUAUGGUGUCAAAAAUUUUUUCAAAGAUCCAUGGAAUACAUUCGAUUUCAUAACAGUAAUUGGAAGUAUUAUCGACGCCCUCAUUAUGGAGUUCGGCAGCGACCUCACUGAAAACUGUGCUGACAUUUCCUGUCAGCAGGAGAACACUUUCAAUGUGGGUUUUCUGCGUCUGUUUCGAGCGGCUCGGCUGAUCAAGCUGCUGAGACAGGGGUAUACCAUACGGAUACUGUUGUGGACAUUCGUGCAGAGCUUCAAAGCGUUGCCCUACGUGUGCCUUCUCAUCGCUAUGUUGUUUUUCAUUUAUGCCAUCAUCGGGAUGCAGGUGUUCGGAAAUAUAGAGUUAAUAGCAGACUCAGAUAUGAAUAGACAUAACAACUUUCGAAGUUUUAUUCAAGCGCUCAUGUUAUUAUUUAGGUGUGCCACAGGUGAAGCUUGGCCAAAUAUAAUGUUAGCUUGCUUGAAGCCAGCUAAAUGUGAUAAAGAAGCUGGCAAGCCAUCAAAUGAGUCGUGUGGAAGUACUUUAGCUUAUGCAUACUUUGUUUCUUUCAUAUUCUUCUGUUCCUUUCUUAUGUUGAAUCUGUUCGUGGCUGUCAUCAUGGAUAACUUCGAUUAUCUGACGAGAGAUUCAUCAAUUCUCGGAGCGCAUCAUUUAGAUGAAUUUGUUAGGAUAUGGGCCGAAUACGACCCAAAUGCGACAGGGAAAAUUCAUUAUACAGAAAUGUAUGAUAUGUUAAAAAAUAUGGACCCCCCAUUGGGGUUUGGCAAUAAAUGUCCGAAUAGGUUAGCGUACAAAAAGUUAAUAAGAAUGAAUAUGCCGUUAGACGAAGAAGGGAAAGUGAAUUUUACGACAACGUUGUUUGCCUUGAUACGAGAAAACUUAAACAUUAAGAUGAGAUCUGCUGGAGAAAUGGACCAAGCUGAUGAGGAGCUCAGAGAAACAAUAACCCACAUCUGGCCACUCCAGGCAAAGAAGAUGCUAGAUUUGCUGGUGCCUCGCAAAGAUGUACUCAACGCUGGAAAACUAACCGUAGGGAAGGUCUACGCAGGACUUCUAAUUUUAGAAAGUUGGAGAUCGACUAGGUUUGGGCAAACUAAACCACAGGGUGCUCCGAAGGCGUCCUUCUUUAACUGCCUGCUGGACGUGGCUGCGGGACUGGGGCCCGGGUCAAGAGCCGGCUCUCUGAGCCACGACAUACCGACCAUCACCGCCACGGACGGUCAUCCCGAAGAUCCGCACAUGUUACCGAAUUUGGCGAAGAGAUCCUCGACUCGAAGAAGAUCUUUCAAGAACAAUAAAAAGGUUCUGGAGUUGCAAGAUGUGGGUUCUCAUCACGCAUCCAUGGAGUCAUUGGAGGAGGGAAGGUUACAAGCUCCUCAUGUAUACCAAAAUGGGCAUGGAAGAUCGUCUAGUCUAAGACGAACGCCAAGUCCGCGACGACGCCACUACGGGGGCUACCAACACGAGAUCGGCUUCUCCGACACCGUCAACAACGUCGUCGAGAUAGUCAAACACGAGCACCAGAGGCAUGGCCGACACCGCGCGCCGCACCACUAUCAUCCACAUGCAGGGAAGGAGUGGAGAGCGCCGUAUCCCACCACCAGCCUGAGCCAGCCCUCGCGAUCGCCCAGCCCGCCACACCACACCUACGUUUGGGCCCCGAUAGGUGGCGACAGGGAGCGGGAUAGGGAGCGCGAGUGGCGGGAAUGGCGGGAGCGGUCGGGCGAGCGGGAGGGCGGCCGGCGGGGCCGCGGCCGGCAGCUGCCCCCCACGCCCACGAAGCCGUCCACCUUACACGUUAAACAGCAACCGUUCACAAGAAUUAGCCAUAGCCCCUCGCACCUUUCAUUAAGGCACACAGCACGAGAACCAUUGGAGCCUUUACACGACGAGUACGAGUAUGGCAGAGAAGUUGAAAGACUGAUACAUCGAGACUAUAGAUCUAGAGAUAGACGCGGUUGGGGCACCGAUCCGGAGCGCAGCGCGCGGUCGUACGAGGCGCCGCUCUCGUAUGAGGCGGCGCUGGCGAUGGGCCGCGGCGGCGGCGCGCGCGCGCUGCCCUCGCCCGCCGGCGCGCCGCGGCUGCCCAACGGGUACAAGCCGCGCGCGCGACACUCGGACUCCGACGAGGACGACUGGUGCUAGCGGCGCCGCCGCGCGCGCUCCCAGCGGGACGUGCGCGCGCCGCCCGCGAGCC